AUGCGCUUGUUUAGACAUAAGGACGAUUAUAUUAGUUUACCGGAUCAGGAAGCACUUUUCUCGUUACCGUUUGUGCUUUUUGGACAAAUCGAGAAAAAGUCACUUACAGUACUUGGAUGGCGCUGGAGAAAACGUACCGUUGUUUUGAAUUCUAGUGGGCAUCUCAUUAUUUAUAAAUAUUUCCUGGAGGGUAUCGGAGCUGGGAAACCUUUUCUGGGAAGAAUAAUUCAUUUGGAUGCAGCAGAACAAAUUCAUGCUCGAAUUGAUAAGGAUGUUUGUUAUAUCACAAUUCAUGAUCAUACUCGAAAAAGAACUGAAUUGCGAAUUAAAGGUACAAAAGCUCGUUUAUGGGCUGCAAAAGUAUUCAUGCGUUCAGCGGGUGCGCAAAUAGAAUGGCCAAUCGAGCGUCCACUAAACCUUCUUGAUUCAAAGAUUUCUACAUCAAGCAUCUAUGAUAUUACUUUAUCAGCCAAAGCAAAUCAUAUGGAGGGACUUUCCAAAAUCACCAUUGCUUCUGUUUCAUCUGAAAGUUUCCCAGAUUACACAACUUCUGAUGCUUCACAACAAAACACUCAGUUGUCUGUGCAGAGUAUGGAGCGAAUAGAAAUAUCAGAAGUGAUCACAGCUUGUGAAGCAGAUUCCGAAUCUAGCAAUGUUAAAAACACUUCGGUGCAAGAUGGUAGCUUGAUCUAUGGAAAACUUGCGGAUAAAAAUUUUGAAACAGGUGGUUUACUGAAGCACUCAAAAUCAGCAUCACAAUGCACUGUCACCACUGAAUUUUCGACUCCUAAGGAAGCAAGUAAGUCUAUAAGCUUGGACCAGUUGAAUGUAGUAGUGGUAUCGCGUCAAGACCGUUUUCAGAAGCAUUUUCGAAGUAUGAUUGAAAAUCGAUUUUAUGAUAGUUUCAAAGACUACUCAUUAAAUUAUUCGGUUUCCAGCAUCCAAAAACUGCGUACACAAGCUUGCAGUCUCCGAAUGUCACAAGUUUAUAUUCCUCAUAAUACAUUGCCGAUAAAGAAUGAAGUGCAAGCGAAGCAGCAACUCACACAACUCUCUGGAUCGUCAUCAUCAUUACCCACUGAUAUGAAUUGUAAAUUGCUGGAAGAAUCAAAACAGAAUGAUAGAAGUGAAAGUGAUAUUGUUUAUCACUUUUAA